AUGGCGGAACACAACAUUGUUGUCUUUGCGGGCGACCACUGCGGCCCAGAGGUCAUUGCUGAGGCAAUCAAGGUCAUCAAGACAGUCGAGAAGCUGAGUCCGACUGCUGGCAAGUUCAAUCUGCAGGACCACCUGCUUGGAGGGUGCUCCAUCGACCAGACCGGCUCCCCCCUCACCGACGAGGCCCUCGCUGCCGCCAAAGCCGCCGAUGCCGUGCUUCUCGGCGCCAUCGGUGGCCCCGAAUGGGGCACCGGCGCCGUCCGCCCGGAGCAGGGUCUCCUGAAGCUGCGCAGUGAGAUGUGCGCCUACGGCAACCUCCGUCCCUGCUUCUUCGCGUCCGACGCCCUCGUCGAGUCCUCCCCCCUGAAGGCGUCCGUCUGCCGCGGCACCGACAUGAUUAUCGUUCGCGAGUUGACUUCGGGCCUGUAUUUCGGAGAGCGAAAGGAGUACGAUGGAACCAAUGCGUUCGACACUACCGUUUACACGAAACCGGAGAUUGAGCGUAUCGCGCGCUUGGGCGGUAUCCUGGCCAGGAAAAGGGGAGAUUCGCGGGUUAUCUCGCUCGACAAGGCAAACGUGCUGGCGACGAGCAGACUCUGGCGUACUGUCGUCGAUGAGGUCUACAAGAACGAGUUCCCUGAUCUCAAGGUUGAGCACCAGCUUAUCGACAGCGCCGCCAUGAUCAUGGUCAAGAACCCGACGCAUCUGAAUGGCGUCCUGUUGGCGCCUAACUUGGCUGGCGAUAUCCUUAGCGACGAGGCGAGCGCCAUCACUGGAAGCAUAGGACUCCUCCCCAGCGCAAGUCUCUGCGGAGUGGGCACCGCAGUGCCUUCUAUUUGCGAACCUAUUCACGGGAGCGCGCCGGACAUUUCAGGCAAGGGUAUUGUGAACCCCAUUGGCACCAUCCUUUCCGUGGCCAUGAUGUUCCGGUACUCUCUGAACCUCGGCCACGAGGCCAAGCUCGUCGAGGACGCGGUUCGCGUCGCCAUCGAUGCCGGGUUGAGAACCAAGGAUAUGGGCGGCAACACGAGCACCGCCGAGGCAGGAGAUCUCAUCGUUGCUGAGCUGUCCAAGAUUCUCAAGGCUCAGGAGCUGGGCCGUCGUCUGCAACACAUGGAUUACAGUGACGUCGAAGCUCUGGAGAUAGCUUCUGCUCAACCUCUAACAACACCUCGACGACAUUCAUCUAGCCCGCCCUUCCCCUCAACCGCCGACCCUCCUACAUCCUCCAUCGACUCUCCCUUUGUGACGACGCUACACGAGCCGAGCCCUGCUCGCGUCGAACCGCCCAGCAUGCCUCCUAAGCAGAAGAAAGAAACCAAGGUCGAGCAGGAGGAGGAUCUCGGACAUGGCAAGAUCUUCUCCGUCUCAGGACCCGUCAUUGUUGCCGAGGACAUGAUUGGUGUUGCUAUGUACGAGUUGGUUAGAGUCAGUCACGAUAACCUAGUCGGUGAAGUCAUUCGAAUCAACGGCGACCAAGCAACCAUCCAGGUCUACGAGGAGACUGCUGGUGUCACUGUCGGUGACCCCGUCUACCGCACCGGAAAGCCCCUCUCCGUCGAGCUCGGCCCCGGUCUGCUCAACGGUAUUUACGAUGGUAUCCAAAGACCUCUCGAGAAGAUCAGCGAAAUGUCGAAGACCAUUUACAUUCCCCGCGGUAUCGCCGUCCCUGCCCUCGACCGUAAUAAGAAGUGGGAUUUCGAACCCACCGCAAAGGUCGGCGACCACAUUUCAGGCGGCGACGUCUGGGGUACCGUCAACGAGAACUCGUUCAUUUCCGUCCACCGAAUCUUGCUCCCUCCUCGCGCCCGCGGUACGAUCACCAAGAUCGCCAGCAAGGGACAAUACACCGUCGCCGAGCCCCUGCUCGAGGUCGAGUUCGAUGGAAAGAAGACCGAGUACCCCAUGAUGCAGACUUGGCCUGUGCGAGUUCCCCGCCCUACCACCGAGAAGCUCCAGGCGAACGAGCCCUUCAUCGUCGGUCAGAGAGUGCUAGACGCCCUUUUCCCCAGUGUCCAGGGUGGUACCGUCGCCAUUCCUGGUGCUUUCGGCUGUGGCAAGACUGUCAUUAGUCAGUCUGUGUCCAAGUUCUCCAACUCCGAUGUCAUCGUCUAUGUCGGCUGUGGUGAGCGCGGAAACGAGAUGGCCGAAGUCUUGAAGGAUUUCCCCGAGCUUACCAUUGACGUUGACGGUCGCAAGGAGCCCAUCAUGAAGCGUACCACCCUCAUCGCCAACACCUCCAACAUGCCCGUCGCUGCUCGUGAGGCCUCUAUUUACACCGGUAUCACAGUCGCCGAGUACUUCCGUGACCAAGGUCUCGACGUUGCCAUGAUGGCUGACUCCUCCUCGCGUUGGGCUGAGGCUCUUCGUGAAAUUUCUGGUCGUUUGGGAGAAAUGCCUGCUGAUCAAGGUUUCCCUGCCUACCUCGGUGCCAAGCUUGCCUCUUUCUACGAGCGUGCCGGUCGCGUCGUGUCUCUCGGUUCACCUGAGCGAAACGGCAGUGUCAGCAUCGUCGGUGCCGUCAGCCCCCCUGGUGGUGAUUUCUCCGAUCCCGUCACUACUUCAACUCUCGGUAUCGUACAGGUCUUCUGGGGUCUCGACAAGAAGCUCGCGCAGCGCAAGCACUUCCCCUCCAUCAACACCUCGCUCAGUUACUCCAAGUACACCAUGGUUCUCGACAAGUGGUAUGAGAAGGAUUACCCCGACUUUCCCCGUCUCCGUGACCGCAUCAGACAGCUCUUGUCCGACUCUGAGGAGCUUGACCAGGUCGUGCAGCUGGUCGGAAAGAGUGCGCUGUCUGACCCCGACAAAAUCACUCUGGAUAUCGCCGCGCUUCUGAAGGAAGAUUUCCUGCAGCAAAACGGUUACUCAGACUAUGACCAGUUCUGCCCGCUGUGGAAGACGGAGUGGAUGAUGAAGCUUAUGGUUGGCUUCCACGACGAGGCACAAAAGGCCAUUGCUCAAGGCCAGAGCUGGGCCAAGGUCCGUGAGGCCACCGGUGAUUUGCAGGCCAAGCUGCGUCAACUCAAGUUCGAGGUUCCCUCCGAGGGCCAGGAGGCUAUCGAGAAGAAGUACGAGGAUAUUCAGCAGCAGAUGCUGGACAAGUUUGCCUCUGUUGUUGACGAGUAA